AUGGAUUCCUCUUCGCUAAAGUAUAUCGCUCUUGGAAUUGGUGCUGCUACGACCGCAACAGCUCUGAGCUUGCAUCUCUACAACAAAUCUCUGUUCGCCGUGACUAUCGUUCCCAGGCCAUUAGACAAGGAUUGUUUUGCUCUACCGCCUCGAGAAGACUUUAUAAAACUGCUCGGUGCUCCCACUAACGUCGGAUAUGCUGUAACUGGUGGUGCUGGCUUCAUAGGAGCUUAUAUCGUUGAGCAGCUCUUAGCUCGUGGUGAAAAGCACGUCUACGUCUUGGACUUGAAACCUUCCAACAACAUUCCCAAAGGGACUCAAUUUGUCGAGUGCGACAUUACCGAUUACGGAUCAGUCAAGAAGGCACUCGAUAACCGCUCUAUUCAGGUCGUAUAUCAUGUAGCGGCCAUCAUACGCUUCAUGGAUGAGUUUCCGGAGCAGUUGCCCGUGUCGAUGAAGGUCAAUGUGAAGGGGACAGAGAAUGUUAUUGAAGCGUGUCGUGAAUUGUCGAUACCUAUACUAGUGCAAACAUCAACUUCACAUGUGUGUGUUGGAAAGGAUUUGAAUCCGAUCUUCUAUGGAAAUGAGAAUCUGCCUUACACCACGAAACCAUUCAAUAAUUAUGCUAAAACGAAAGCAUUGGCUGAACAGGCUACAUUGGCUGCAAACGGAACAGCUUUGAGCAAUGGAGGUGUCCUGUCAACCGGCAGCAUCCGCCCAACUUCGACGAUCUAUGGCAGAGGAGAUCGCUGGGGCCUUGAUACGUACUUUUCUACUGGAAAAUUAACAAUACACCAUCCUGGAGUCGUGGACGACUUUUGCUAUGUUGAGAAUCUUGCAUUGGCUCAUUUGCUAUUGGAACGUGCAUUACGAGAAAAGCCCAAAGAAUCUGGUGGAAAAGCCUACUUCAUAUCUCACGACGACCCACUCAGCCGAGAGAAUUUCUUUGCCAUUCUGGAGAAAUUGCUACCAAAUCGAUUCUCUCGUGAAACCAUGCCAUACCCUCUCAUGUACGUCUUGAGCAGGCUUGCUACCUUCACAUCUCGAUACACGUCGACGUCUUUGGGCGACUUGGACAUGUUUACGGCUUGCAGUGACCGUAUGCAAUGGAGUCAGCAUUGCUUUUCGUCCCAACGAGCACGGAAGGUUUUGGGAUAUGAGCCGUUUUAUUCUGUUGAGCAGGGUGUUGCGGUGUCUUGGAACCGUUUUCAGGAGGGAAAGAAAUAG